AUGGAUCAAUCUUGGAAAAGGGAUUGCAGGAUAAGAAGAGAAUACGCAGGACAUCUGAGAAGGCGUCUGGGAGGCGCGAUGCUCCAUGACGUGCUUUUCCUUCUGGUUCUGUCCGCCGACGCCGUCCGCCGCUCCGAUUCUUCGCCGGUCGUCGUCCCUGCCGCAGACUCUUGCGAGUACAACUCCAACCACCGCAAAAGCAUUCUUGCCGUCAGUUCUUUUUGAUUCUAUCACAGAAAGGUUAAAAUGCCCUUCUGAAAUACCGUUACAACGGAAUUGAAAAUCGUUACAUGAUGAGACAUUUUUCAAAAUAGUAUAUUGAGGUUCCGAAGACGAACAUAGACUUCAUAGAACAUAUUUAAUAAGACAUGAAGUUUUUUUCAAAGUAAAAAUCUCUUACGCGAUUAAAAUUUGUUCGUAACUCUUUUUUUCAUAUAAUCUUCCUUUUUUUCAACUUACCUUCUUUUUUUCAAUUAAGUAAAUAUUUGGUUCCAAAUUAUUUUAGUUUUGUAAGAUUCCUCAACUCUCAGAGAAAAUGAAAGCUAAGCCUCAAAGACCGUUUGUCUUUGAAUAAAUUACGCUGUGAAAUAAUGGAGAGUGAAAGUUUGUUUAGUUACCAGAUUGAAUUUUCGAAUAAUUGUAUUCAAAUGGAUACUAUCAUAAGAAAAAAAUAUACUGAUUUUCUUUUUUGUCUUACUUUCUAUUUAUUUAAUCAACUUCUAUGUUCAAUUGUCGGUAGUUCAAAAGAUUCCUACUUAGUUUUACAUUUUUAGAUGCGCGUGUAGUCGUAGUUAUUAAGAAUUGAUUGAAAAAAGAUGAAUAAGUGAACGUCAAAAAUCUCUUCGAAAACCGAUGUCGUGGAAUUAGAAAUCAUUUUGAAGCGAAACAUCAAACAUUGUGAAACAUGAUGCUAGAAUCUCAAGAAAGUAAAUAUAACCUAUGAAUCUCAGAAAAAGAAAUCUGGGAAUUUCAGGACUUGUUGAAAGAUUAUGACAAGACAAUGGUGCCUUCAAAUAAUUCAGUACAAGUUGGCGUCGAGCUGACUGUUCAGGUGAGUCUUUCAUUUAUUUCGGAGUUCCGAAAAAGGGAAAAGUUUGAAAAGUUGUUAAUUAAAACGAACGGAGUCUCGAGAAGGAAGCACUUUUUUUGAACUUAAAUUCCGCGUCCUUCUCCAUCUCGUUUGAUAACUAGCUACUCCUAGGAGUCUGUCAUAGCUCAAAAAUCGAGAAAUUGAAUAUGAUGGCGUCUGGAAAAAGAAAAGAUGGAAUUUCAGGACAUUUCUUCCAUUUCGGAGAUCACUGGCUCUUUCAUAGCCGACGUGUGGUUCAGUCAGGUCUGGGAGGAUCCGAGGCUCGAGUACAGGUUCCAGGAAAAUGAAGAAUUUGGAAAGGUAUCCAUUUGUAGGAACAUUUCGUGCAAAUCCAACCUCUCACUCGACAGUUACGUCAGCGAAAGGCUCUGGACCCCCAACGUGUGCUUCGUUAACAGCAAAAGCACCCAGGUACCCAAAACACGACAUUUUUUUAUUGCACCAACGGCUCCACGUUUUGGCAGGUCUCUUAAAAACUGUUGAGUAGAGGUUAAAUCAUUCAGUUGAUAACCGAGUUCAAAAUUUCAAAAUUCUUUUCCAAAAACAAACUUUAUUUACUUCGUUCAUUUUCUUGUUAGAAAAGCAAAAACUUAAGGCCAUUUUUUAACUUGACGAGAAUUUCCGCGAUUUGGUCAAAAAAUUCUUCGAAGUACUAGAUAAAAAAAUAAAGUUCUUUUUUUACUUUGCGUCGGGCGUUUUUUUAAAGAACUAAAAAUUUUUUUGCAGGUUUUUGCAAAAUUUCCGGAGUGAUUUAUCUGGUUUUACAAAAAAAGUUUUUCUGGCUUAUUUUUUUAAUAGCUAAACGGAAAUUUCAAAUGAUCAAUGUACUUACUGCUCAAUAAGUUUAUAGAAUUCACAGUGUUCCCAAACAGGCGGAAGACGUGGGCAUUGGGCGUGGCCGUUUGCAAUGGGGGCGCGGGUUAUUGCUAUAGUUGCGCGACAUUGAGAGCCGAUUUUUGUGCAUUUACUGGAUCAAAACAUAGCGUUAAAUAGUGUUUUUCAAGGCCUCCUUCUACUUUUAUAGUAAUUUUAAUAUAGUCCAGCGCACAAUGAACCUAUUGAAAAUGGAAUAUGAACGAAAUCGCUUUUUCCAAAAGAUUUAUCACACGAAAUGACUUUUUUCAGGACAAUUCGUCGCGUGAAGUCCUAAAAAUUUUUUAAAGGAAAAAACCCAUGACGGUUCCCUCAAAAAACGCAUUCUGAAUAUUUUAAAACGAAAAAAGAAUCAAUUCCGUGUAUUUUCUUCACUCGAAGUGGUAGCUCUCUCAGUCGGCCGAGGCUACCCUAGAGUAUACACGGAGUCCGUGCCCGAGCCCCACCAUCCCCGCCGUGCCCGUACAUGCGAAACUGAGGGAUCAACUUGUGGAAGAACGAGGCGAAGGAAUCGUAAGACCAUGCUUUCAAUUCAAUCAACUACACGUUUUGACUUCUUUUUCGCCAAAGGCGGUGUUAGUGCCGCUCAAAAGAGCAAUUUUUUCACCGCCUAGUCGAUACCAUCUGACUAAAACAACCAAUAAAUAUUGUAUUGUAUUGUUUAAUUGGCUUCGGCACAAAAAUUUAUAACUCAAAAAGUCAUUUUAGACAACAUAUGUUUUGUGAAACGUCGAAAAAAAAAUUUUGAAAAAAAAAGGUCUGGGCGUUUAUCUUAAGAAACUCAUACUGAGCAUUUUAAAACAAAAACAUGAACCAAGUAGCUUCUGCAAAAAAAGUUACUCUUCAAAAUGUCAUUUUUGUCGAAAUUUCGGGACCAUCUAGAUCAAAAAUUUACUCAAGUACCUCUCAAACGCAUCCAACACGGUUAUAUUACACAACAGAAAGUAAAACUAUUCAAAAAUCUAAAAAAAUACGCGAGAAAAAGAGAAAAAACUUUAUUUAAAUUGAAUAAAAUUUUGAGAGGUUGACACGCGCCGCACCGCGUUGCGUUAGAAGGAACUCGCGUUUUCGCUCUAUUGAGACGACCAUUGUUUUCGCCUGCGCUCGCCCGUUUUGAAACACUGUGAAUUUUGAACCGACAGUUUUGAAAUAAAAAAGAGUUUCAUCGACUUUUUCCAAGCUUCCCUGGUAUAGAACUGUGGACGGAUACUCUUUCAGGUGCACCGAUCCCCGGCCUCCAACAUCCUGCUCAUCAUCUACCCCAACGGCACUGUCUGGCUCAACUACCGAGUUCAGGCGCGUUCUCAGGCCUUUCACAGUAACCUAUAUGUUUCUUCCAGGUCUCGGCACCGUGCAUUUUUGAGCUCUCGCGGUUCCCGAUCGACGCCCAAGAGUGCACCCUCGUUUUCGAAUCUUAUUCUUAUAAUAUAGCUGAGGUGAGCAUCAAAAAUACUGUUCCAAAACUUCUGAAUAGUUCUGUACAACCUGAUAGAAAUAAUCCAAAAUACGGAAACGACUAUGAACUAUAUAAAUUUUUCAUUUUUCAUUUUAUUGGUAUCUGCAGUACCGCGCUAAUUCAAUACAAAUAAUGUUAUCUGCGAAAACGGUUCAAAAAAUGUUCAAACAAUCUGAGUCUUCAAGGAAAUGUUCAAAUACUCACACAGUUAUUAUAGUUUACUUGGACACCUGGUUCAAAUGAAAAUGAAAAUGCUCAAACAUUAAUAUCUGAAGAUUUUUGAUCAAAUCAAAAACUUUUUUGUUUUCAAUUUUCGAUGAUAUGCUAUAUAUAUAUAUAACCAUUCCGAGGAAAGAGUCUAGAUCCAACAAAAAUUAUUCCUCUAAAUUUCAAGUGGAGGUCUUGUACUUCAAAAGAUGAUUAGAAAGACGAGGUUUAUUGGCCAGUCUUUUCACUGAGAUGCUCUUUUUUUUUAGGUUAGGCUGAACUGGCAAGACUGGGCGCCUGUGACGAUGCCGCCUUCGGAAGACUUCCGGUUACCAGACUUCCAGUUCUACGAUGUCACGUGGAACAAGUCCGUCAACGAGUACACAGCAGGCAUGUGGGACCAGCUCAAAGUCACCUUCAAGUCAGUUUUGGUCGGUCGCAGCCUUGGAGUCUCCCUAAUUGAGGUUCAAACGGCUCUAUGGCUACUACGUGCUGCAGAUGUACCUGCCGACCUAUCUGUCGGUCUUCAUCUCCUGGAUCGCUUUCUGGAUCGACACCCGCGCCUUGCCUGCACGGAUCACGCUGGGCGUUUCGUCUCUCAUGGCGCUGACCUUUCAGUUCGGCAACAUCGUCAAGAAUUUGCCGAGGGUCUCUUUCGUCAAGGUUCUCCGUUUUUCCUUCGAAGAAUAUAAUCUUGAUAUUUUUAGGCUAUCGAUCUCUGGUUUUUCGUCUGCGUUGCCUUCAUUUUCUUUUCGCUGGUCGAACUUGCCGUUGUUGGAUUCGUUGACAAAAUAACAGAGAUCAAACGAAGGUCAAGAAGAAUACGAUUCCAAAAAGCGUUGGCUGGAAAUUCAGGCAAAAAGUGAGCUUUUUUUUUUUUUUUUAACAUUUUCGCGCACUCAAAACGUACGUCGGCAGGAUCCUACCUCAAACUGCGGACUACCUCCGAAAAAAGCCUAUCUCAGUAUCCUUUUUCGGGUUCCAAUAAAGCUGCUUGUAAAAAUUCGAAAAACUGUCUUCCUGUAAAUCAAGUGCUGAAAAUUAUCACGCAUGUUUAAGACAGUGUUACUGCGGCCGGUGGCCGGUCAAUAUUGCGCUGUCCGUUUCGGAGCCAGGAAAUUUUUUAAUUUUUUUUUCUUUUUUUGCAAUUUUUCAAGGACCUAUUUCUCGAAGUUACAAGACAAGUUACUCCAUAAAAAGUACACAAAUUUUCAUUGUAUUACUCAAAAACCUAGCUGGAUUACCGUAAUACGACUGCCCGCCUUGAACAUGCGUGUUAUGGUUAACAAUUUUCUCUAACCAAAACAAAAGUUUUCCAAUCUUCUUUUCAAUUGAAUGUGAACCGAUUCGGUCGCAAAAACUUCUUGGUUCUAAUUUCCCACUCUAACUGCUUUCCCAAAUUGUGAUCUGCAAGAAGAUACCUCGUUUCUAUUGGUGGAAUUUCAUUGAGCGGCCUUACCAGCUUUUAUCUGAAACCACGCUUGAGGAUUGCAGAAAACACUCGUGCAGCAACGGAGUUCGCUGCUCGUUGCGGUACAGCAUGGGGACCAACAACAACGACGACGACGACCUGUACAACAUCGCGGGAGAACAGACCGGCGGCACGAACGGCAUCGGGAUUUCGAUGGGAGGUGGCAGGGCUUUCGGGCCUGGCGGAUGGCAGAACAACGCCUCGCGGGAGGUCUCCGCCGACAUGGGCGCUCGCGUCGAUUCCUUCGCCGCCAAGACCUUUCCCGCCAUGUUUGCCGCUUUUAAUGGUUCGUUCUUGGUAUCCCAAAAAUAUUAACUUUUUAGAUAAAAGGGGUUCUGAAAGUAUGACUUCUCGAUAAAUAUGAAAAACUUAGUUUCGCCAAAAACGAACAAUUUUAAAAUUAAAUUUUGGUCUGAAACUAAUUAUCCAAGUAUCUGGAAAGGAAGUUGAUUUUAUUCGAAAUUUUCUCACAAUAUUGGCUUGAAGGUUCUUUGGUGUAUCAGAGAAAUGUUCUCAGAAUUUCGAUCUGCAAAUGCGCCUGUUUUCCAAAAUAAAAGCUCCGAAAUGCCAGUUUUUUAAAAAUAAUUCAGAAGAGCAACAAUUUAGGCGUUCACUUUAAAAAAAAAAGGGGAUUAUAGGUUGAGACUCUCAUGAAACUUCUUGAUGUACAGAAAAAUCAUUUUAGUCGAUUAUAAGAAAUUCUUAAAUGUUUACUGAACUGUUCUCCCUCGCAACUCCCUGUUUCGGCUACUAAAUGUACGCACUUUUAGAGUGAGUGUGAGUAAUAAAAGUCGAGAGAAAAUUUCCGCACACGAAAAUUUACUUCGGAUUUUCGUGUGCGGAAAUUUCGGAAAAUUGAUUACAUUCGAGUUCGGCUAAAUCUCGAGCUGUACUCCGAAAUAGACUUUUUUUCGUGAGAAAACGACUAACUUAUGGGGCAAAUUUUUGACAUUUUCCUCUUUCUCAGUUUGUCGGUUACACUGAUGUUUCAUUUUCAGUUUUCUACUGGUGGUACUAUUUGAGCCGGGAACGCCACUAG